AUGGGCUUAACAAUCUCAAGUGUUUUUACUAAGCUUUUCGGCAAAAAACAAAUGCGUAUCCUUAUGGUUGGACUGGAUGCCGCUGGAAAAACAACUAUACUAUAUAAACUUAAGUUGGGAGAGAUUGUGACCACAAUACCGACGAUCGGUUUCAACGUGGAAACAGUAGAAUACAAAAACAUUAGUUUUACUGUAUGGGACGUCGGCGGUCAGGACAAGAUCAGGCCACUGUGGCGUCACUACUACCAGAACACACAGGGACUGAUCUUCGUCGUGGAUUCAAGUGACACUAAGAGAAUAGCAGAAGCCGAAAAUGAGCUGGCUAAUAUGCUAAAAGAAGAUGAAUUGAGAGAUGCUGUGAUCCUUGUGUUUGCCAACAAACAGGACAUGCCCAAUGCUAUGACAGCAGCUGAACUUACUAAUGCUCUCAACCUAAACAAUUUGAGAAAUCGCCGCUGGUACAUCCAAGCCACAUGUGCAACACAAGGACAGGGGCUGUAUGAAGGUCUAGACUGGCUCUCUAACGAGCUAGCGAAGAAGUGA